UUCAACGAAUCAAGAUGGCUGACCAGACCGAGCGUUCAUUCCAACGGCAACCAACAGUCUUUCUUAACCGCAAGAAAGGCCUUGGACCAAAGCGCCGGAAGUCUAUGCGAUACAGUCGCAAUGUUGGCCUGGGAUUUAAAACACCACGUGAGGCCCUUGAAGGAACUUACAUCGACAAGAAAUGUCCUUUCACUGGUAAUGUCUCGAUUAGAGGACGUAUCCUCACUGGAGUUGUACAAAAGAUGAAGAUGCAAAGAACCAUUGUUAUAAGAAGGGAUUAUCUACAUUAUAUACGGAAGUAUAAUCGAUUCGAAAAACGACAUAGAAACAUGAGUGUUCACCUCAGUCCUUGCUUUAGAGAUGUGGAGAUUGGUGACGUCGUGACAAUUGGCGAAUGUCGACCUCUUAGCAAGACUGUUAGAUUCAACGUUUUAAAGGUCUCCAAGGGAACUGGAUCGAAAAAAAGUUUUAAGAAGUUUUAAGUGAUACUUGAUGAAACAGACGUUGAAUGGCAACACCUGGGAGAACAGCUGGAAGAUGGAAGUCAGAAUUAUGACAACUGGGUGUUUUAUACAAUAAUCGUUGCCAUUCAAAUACUGUACCAUAAGGGAAUUAAUAAAUCUUAUGGAUACGUCCUUAAAAAACUUA